AGAGCCGUUUAUUUGUUUUCGAAAAGCCACGACGAUCGGAUCUAGGCGAUCAGUGCGACUCCGGAGAAACACUUUCGCUUUCCGUUGCGUUGUGCUGUUUUUUUUUUUUGGUUUGGCCCUUGACCCGCAGUACUCAGGGAUUCAGUGUGAUCGGGUUCGUCGCGUGUGUCUUUCGCUGCACAGUGAGAGUGUCAUUUUGAACAGUGUCAACCAGUUUCCCAACCACUGCUACCAAAAGCCAUGAAGAACGCGCUGUUAUUGAUCCCUCUCGUGGGGCUAUUAUCGCUUGCAGUCGCCCAGUAUGGGCCGGCGCCGCCCCGGAUCAACAUACCCGGCGCCAUUCCCCUACCAGUAGUACGUGAAGUGCCGAUCCGCCAGGAACGAGUGCUCCCCCAUCAACCCCAAAUCCAGCGAGCACGCCGGCCGGGUCCAAACCGACAUGUGAUUCCAAAUGAGAUCCAAAUCUCCACCCCUAAGUUCUUCGAGCCGGAAGCGAAACCCGUGAUCGAAACCCACGAAGAACCGGAACUCUCCCAACCCUUCCUUCCCAUCAUCCACACCUCGCCCGUUCCCCAACAGCACUCCAUUCCCGAAGAACCAAGUGACCGUGACAUUCAACAAAACAUACUUUCCCGCUUCAACUCACAGGAGAAUCGGCCUGCCCCCAUCCCACGGGCCCAGAUACCGGAGCGCUUCUUCGCGACCGACAAGGAAGUCUCCUCCAACGCCCAACGUUUCGCCCUAGCUCCGGAGCGUCCGCCAGCGCCAGCUCCACAGCCAAAGCAGUACCGUCCAGCGCCACAGGCCGCCCCACGACCGGCACCCGUCCGUCAGCAGCAGCACUUCGAGGAUGAUCGGCCACAUCACAGGCAGCAAGAGGAUGACCGCCGUCGCAAACCAGUGGCCCAAAUUCUGCGCAAGUGGCGGGAGGAACAUGACGACGGUUCCAUCACGUGGGGCUUCGAAAAUGACGACGGUUCGUUCAAGGAGGAAACUAUCGGAAUCGAUUGCGUUACCCGCGGUCGUUACGGAUACGUCGAUCCCGAUGGUGAGAAGCGUGAAUACUCGUACGAAACUGGCAUCCAGUGCGAUCCCAACAAACGCGAUGAGGAAAACGAAGAAGAGCUCGAGGAGGAAUUCCAGCAGAAGAACAAAGCGAAGCGACCCCAUCAGGGCCAGCAACAACAGCAGCAGCCGCAGCAGUUCUAUAGAAACUAGGACUACAAAGGAUGGAUCCCAAGUGGCAAGCCAACCACUCCAGAUAUUGUGGAGAGAUCUGUUCAGCGUCAAACACACAAAUAGAUUGUAGUUUCAUCUUAAAUCUUGUCUUACUAUAUUUUCGUCAUUAGGAUGGUAUUUAUUUUACAUCUACGACAUAAGUUUUGUAAUAAAUCGAAGAAAAAAUCGUUUUCUGUUCUAAAA